UGAGUUUGUUUCCGGUUGUGUCUCUUAUGUGUAACACACUCAACUGCAGUGAAGUUGAACAGCUCAUGACUGCUGGAAACGACGAGUUUGGAUUUACACACAUUUGUGACCCACAGCAUUUGAGUCUGUUGGGUUCUAACAAGAGGAUAAAGUGUAUUUGAUGAUGUAAAUAAACUAGUUUGAAAAGAAUCGUUUUUGGCAGAAGGAAAAUGUCUGGAUGAAGAAGAGAGAGUUUAUCGCCAUUAAACUGCAGGUUUCUGUAAUGACUGGUUAAUGUGUGUAUAAUGGAGACGAAGGCACAGGUUUUAUAUGAUUUCACGGCAGAGCCUGGAAAUAAUGAGCUGUCGGUUCGCGAGGGUGAGACAAUCACAAUAACAAAUCAAAACAUUGGUGGAGGAUGGAUCGAGGCAAAGAACUCUAGAGGAGAAGUCGGAUUGGUACCAGAGGACUAUAUAGAGAACUUCUACAGAACAGAACAGGAAGUUAACCAGGCUCAACCUUUUACCUCUAGAGGAAAUGCAGCCCCCCUCGAUCUCUCGUUCUUUGACAGUCAAAUGCCGGCCCCGGCCAGCACCGCACAGGUGGAUGUAGCUCAGCCGGAAACCCCAGUCACCCCAGUUUCCCCAGGAAUUUCCUCCCCUGAUGAGACAAGUAAUGGUAAUGACCCAUGGGCAGUAUUUGACAAUAAUCCAUCUGGGGGAUUUUCUAAUAACUGGGCAGCUCAGCCAGAAGGCACAGAGACGGGGAAAACUAGCAGCAAUGCAUGGCAUUCUGGAGGACACGGGCAUCCGCAGGCCUACCAGGGUCCAGGUGCAGAAGACGACGAGUGGGACGAGGAGUGGGAUGACGUGAAGUCAUCGGGUGGCUAUGCUGAGUCUGAGGCUGGAGAGGGCGGGGCUAUAAACAGAGGCGGAGCUCAUGGUUCAUCCAUGAAAAUUGCCCUCAACAAAUUCCCUGGUUUCUCCAAAUCAGGUCCUGAGCUGUACCUGCUGUCCAAACAGGCCGCUAAAGGAACCAAGUUGCCUAUUUACGGGGGAGAGGUUGGCCCAGUGUGGGCGUAUCCAGACUAUCAGCUGGACUGUGUUGUCGCCGACCCUAAAAAGGGCUCCAAAAUGUACGGUCUCAAGAGUUACAUUGAGUACCAAGUCACACCCACUACCACAAACAAGCCUGUCAAUCACAGAUACAAGCACUUUGAUUGGUUGUAUGAAAGGCUUUUGGAUAAAUAUGGGUCGGCGAUUCCUAUCCCCUGCUUGCCUGAUAAACAAGUGACAGGUCGAUUUGAGGAGGAAUUUAUAAAAAUGCGCAUGGAGAGGCUUCAGGGUUGGAUGACGCGAAUGUGCCGGCAUCCAGUUAUCUCCAGCAGUGAAGUCUUCCAGCUGUUUCUCUCCUACAAAGAUGAGAAGGACUGGAAAACAGGAAAGAGAAAAGCAGAGAAAGACGAGACAGUCGGAGUCAUGAUUUUCUCCACAAUAGAGCCUGAGGGCUUGCCAGACCUGGAUGUGAUUGAAGUAGAGCAGAAGUGCGAGCAGUUCAGCCGUUUCACCAGGGCGAUGGAUGAUGGUGUGAAAGACUUGCUGACAAUAGGAAAUGAACACUGGAAACGCUGCACAGGCCCCCUUCCAAAGGAAUAUCAACGGAUUGGCAAAGCUUUCCAAAACCUGUCGUCAGUGUUCAUCAGCAGUGGAUAUGAAGGAGAGGCUACGCUCACAGACGCGCUGACGGCGGCAGGAAAGACCUACGAGGAGAUUGCUCAGAUGGUGGCGGAGCAGCCCAAGAAAGACCUUCACUUCCUCAUGGAAACUAACAAUGAGUACAAAGGUCUGCUGGGAUGCUUUCCUGACACUAUUGGAGUUCACAAGGCUGCCAUAGAGAAGGUAAAGGAAGCAGAUAAACUAGUGGCUGCUGGUAAAAUCACCACUUCAGACAAAGUCAGCAUGUCUAAACGUGCAAGCACCAUGUCAUACGCUUUGCAAGCGGAGAUGAACCACUUCCAUAACAACCGUAUCUAUGACUACAACAGGGUGAUGCAGCAGUACCUGGAGCAGCAAGUCAAAUUCUAUGAGAUGAUUGCAGAGAAACUACGACACGCUCACAGUCAAUUCACUACCAUGUAACGGCGGAGCGACCGUCCCGGAAGCUGCCUUACUCGUUCUCUCUGUUCCUCUUAUGUGAUUAUUCUCGUUCUGUUUUUCUAUUCAUGUUAUUCGUGUCAUGAUGUCAGUGCCAUAAAUAUAUCCUGUCGAUCUCAGGCCAAAGAUAGCGUCGAUCCGUGGCCAAGCUCAAGUGUUUUUAAAAAGCAGCUACAGAUUGUGUCUAAAAUAUCAGAUUAUAUGGGGGCUUUAAUGAUUAUAAUUAUGUAGUUGUUGAUCUGAAUGUUCCAAGUUCUGUUGAUUUAUGAUAAAUAUGAAAGAUGCAGAGAGAGAUGUAACAUUACGUACUUUUAUACAAGUGUCCUGAACGUAUUCUGGUGCAUACAUGAGGCCAAGACAAGUUCGACUGUGCCUUGUUUUGUAAAGACCCUGCAAAAAAACAAACAAACAUGCUUUUCAUCCACCGCACUUUACUGUGGCAUCAUCCUGUUUGUGUUUGGUCACGGCCAAAACAACCCCACUCGUUUUCAUUGGAGGCUUCUGGAGAUGAUAACAGGAGGGCUGGUCCUUUUUCCCCAUAAGAGACAUUUUGAUGUUAUUUUUCUCUCUCCCCAAAGCCAAAUUACAAACACAUAUCGUCCUCAGCUUGAUAUUUCCACCUCAGUGCAAUUAUCACCAAUUUCUUAUUCUGUACAAAUGAAAUUAUACUCCAUCUGAUGCAUGUUGUUCAUGUAUUUUUUAUGUAUAGCAGUGUUUGCAAGUCAUUUGCACACAGAAUGACAAACCGAUUGAGAUUCUGAUUUAAUAAAUACUGAUUUGUAUGCUA